AUGGACGACUUCGCCGCAGAGCUGAUGGCAGCCGGCCGCGACGACUCGCCAGAGCGACCGCCUGAGCGAAAGGCGCCCGCGGAACUCGACCCGUCUACGGCGUCGCCUCAGCGCAUCGGCCUGCGAUCCGGCCUUGCAGCUCUCCGAGAAAAGGCGAACAUACAAGAUCGCCUGGUAGAAAAGCUUCUUCAACAAGUCAUCCCCGAUGAAGACCGCCAUGGUGGCCCAGAGGUCACCAUAUCGAGCGCCGACGAUGCGGCAUUCCCGCAGCGGCCGGGCUUCAACCUGACCACCAUGUCCAACAACUUCCGCCGAUUCAACGCCCGCAUCGGCGUCGUCUUCAAGUUCCAGGCCCGCAUGACCCGCAUCCUCUCCUGGCGCAAGCCCUCGCACACGCUGUCCCUGCUCGCCACGUACACCUUCGUCUGCCUCGACCCCUACCUUCUCUGCGUCCUGCCCAUCGUGGGAAUCCUCCUGGGCGCCUUCAUCCCGGGAUUCCUGGCGCGACACCCGGCACCGCCCAAGGGCACCCUCUCGAGCGAGCAGAGCAUGGGCUACUCGCCGAGGGGCCCGCCGCUGGCGCCCGCGGCCACGGUCCGGCCGGCCAAGGAGCUGAGCAAGGACUUCUUCCGCAACAUGGGCGACCUGCAGAACUGCAUGGACGACUUCACCCAGGGCCACGACAUGGUGGUGGCGCUGCUCGUGCCGAUUAGCAACUUCAGCAACGAGGCGCUCUCGUCGGCCGUCUUCCUCUUCCUCUUCGCCGCGGGCGUCUUCCUGUCCGUCGCCGCGCACAUGAUCCCCUGGCGCCUCGUCUUCCUCGCCGGCGGCUGGGCGGCCGUCGGGUCGGGCCACCCGGCCGUCGCGCGCCUGCUGGCCGCCACGCGCGAGGAGCACAUCCAGCCGCGCGAGCGCGAGGCCCGGUCCUGGCUCGACGCCUGGAUCGCGACCGACGUCAUCCUCGACUCGGCGCCCGAGACGCGCGAGUCGGCGGCCGGCGAGUGGGAGCCGUGGCUCUUCAGCCCGUCGCCGUACGACCCGCUGUCGCAGCCGCGCAUCGCCGGGGAGAGGCCUCGCGGGACGCGCUUCUUCGAGGACGUGAUGCCGCCCGAGGGCUGGGAGUGGAGCGAGAAGAAGUGGGCGCUCGACCUCUGGAGCAGGGACUGGGUCGAGGAGCGCAUCAUUACGGGGGUCGAGGUUGAGACGGAGGGGGAGCGGUGGGUGUAUGAUAUAUACGACGACCGAGAGAGGCGCACUGGCGUCUUGGACGAUGAUGAUGAGAACCAGUCUGAUACCAAGCCGAGCGGUCGAGCUGGGGGGAUGCCGCACCUGAGUUGGGAAGAGGGCGAGGACGGGACGGGGAAGAAGGGGGAAUGGAGGCGGAGAAGGUGGGUGCGGUUGGUGAAGAGGAAGAUUUCUGUGUCUGCGGCACAAUAG